AUGCUACUUCGCAACAUCCAAAGACAAACUAUACGUUUGUUCUCUCGUUCAUCGACAGUCACGUCAUCAUAUAAUCAAGUCGUUAGAAAAACAGUCUCGGACAUCCAUCAAUUCCACCAAUCACAGAAACCCAUCUCGGUAGUAACGGCACAUGAUUUCAUCACUGCUAAACUAGUUGAUGCAGGUGAUAUCGAUAUUUGUUUGGUUGGUGACUCGCUAGCGAACACUACAUUGGGAUACCAAGACACCAAUGAAUUGACAUUGGAGGAGAUGUUGUAUCACGUUAAAUCUGUUCUGCGGGGCAAUGACAAGUCGUUAAUAAUUGCUGAUUUACCUUUUGGUUCAUUUGAGGCUUCAGUGGAACAGGCAACUAAGUCAGCAAUUAAGUUGGUACAACAGGGUAAAGCACAGGGAGUUAAAUUGGAAGGAGGAAAUAAAGAAAACAUCCCCACUAUUGAAAAAUUAAUCUCUGUGGGGAUACCAGUAAUGGGGCAUGUCGGAUUAACACCACAGAAACAUAAUGCUUUAGGCGGGUUCAAAUUACAAGGUAAAGAUGCAAAGGGAGCGUUGGAUAUCUAUCAAGAGUGUCUAAAUUUACAAAGAGCAGGUGUUUUUGCCAUAGUAUUGGAAUGCAUCCCUAACAAGAUAGCACAAUUUAUAACAGAGCACUUAAAUGUGCCUACAAUUGGGAUCGGUGCUGGCCCAUACACCUCAGGGCAAGUGCUUGUCAUUUCAGAUAUGUUGGAAUUGAAAAAUCCCGAAGAGAGCCAUAUUGCUAAAUUUGUCAAACCUUAUGCACAUUUUUAUCAAUUGGGAGUUGAUGCUAUGAAGCAAUAUAAGCUGGAUGUGGAGUCGAAAAAGUUUCCUUUGGCUGAUGAGCACGGGUACAAGGUCAAAAAGGAUGUAUUUGAACAGUUUAAGAAUGAAGCGCAAAAGCUCUAG